GCUAUCCCGGCAGCCACCGCGGCACGGCCGCCGCCGUCCUUCUUUUCCCGGCCCGCGGAGGCCGCCGGAAGCUGGCAACUCCGCGUUGCCGUGAGGCGGAGCGGCGCCGCUGCGCUGCCUACGGGCUCCGCCAUGCCCACACCGCCCUGCCGGCGCGGGGCCGCGGUGCCAUCGGCGAUUCUCCGCCGCGCCCUUUUUCGCGCUCUCCCCGCCCGUCCCGCCGUGCCUUCCGCUUCCGGCCGCGCCCUUCCUCUCCCACAGCGCCCCGCGCCGCGCCAUGGACCACAAUGACAAUGAUUUGCAAGGAACAAAUAGUUCAGCGUCAUUGGGUGGUCUUGAUGUUCGCAGAAGAAUCCCAAUAAAGCUGAUCUCAAAGCAGACCAAUAAAACCAAACCUGCACCUCGGGCUCCCAGAGCUAUGAACAGGAUGCCUGCAAAGACACAAGCUGGGGAUGAAGAAGAAUUUGAUUUUAAUGAAGAGGAGCGAUACGAAUGCAAAGGAGGUGAAAUGUUUGGAAAUCAAAGGAGAUUCCCUGGACCCAUAUUUUGGGACUAUAAGAUAAACUUGCUGGGGGAGAAGGAUGAUACGCCUGUCCAUUUCUGUGAUAAGUGUGGGUUGCCCAUCAAAAUGUAUGGGCGCAUGAUACCUUGCAAGCAUGUUUUCUGCUAUGACUGUGCUAUACUACAUGAGAAAAAGGGAGACAAGAUGUGUCCUGGCUGUAACGAACCUGUCCAGCGCAUCGAGCAGUGUGUGCGAGGGUCUCUCUUCAUGUGCAGUAUAGUCCAAGGGUGCAAGAGAACUUACCUGUCACAGAGAGACUUACAGGCUCACAUCAACCACCGCCAUAUGAGAGCUGGAAAGCCUGUGACUCGUCCUCCUCUUGAACCCGUGCAUCCUCCCAUUGCCCCUCCUCCUGCUGAGAUCCCGGAGCGUUUCAUAAUGCCACCAGAGAAACACCACAUGAGCCACAUUCCGCCGAAGCAGCACAUCAUGAUGCCGCCGCCUCCCUUACAGCACGUGCCGCACGAGCAUUACAACCAGCCGCACGAAGACAUCCGCCCGCCGCCUGCCGAGAUGUCCAUGGCUCCGCCGCCGCCUCGCCCGGUCAGUCAGGACACGUUCCGCAUCUCUACGAGAAAACACAGCAACUUGAUAACCGUCCCUAUUCAGGAUGAUUCAAAUUCAGGCGCUCGAGAACCGCCUCCUCCUGCCCCAGCACCUGCUCAUCAUCAUCCCGAGUAUCAGGGCCAACCGGUGGUAACGCACCCGCACCAUAUUAUGCCUCCGCAGCAACAUUAUGCGCCACCCCCCCCUCCGCCUCCUCCAAUAAGCCAUCCUCUGCAGCAUCCUCCCCAGGCGGCAGGCACACCUCACAUGGUGUAUAGCCAAGCUCCUCCGCCGCCAAUGACCUCUGCUCCUCCUCCGAUAACCCCGCCGCCUGGACAUAUCAUUGCCCAGAUGCCGCCGUAUAUGAAUCAUCCUCCUCCAGGACCUCCCCCCCCUCAGCACGGAGGCCCUCCUGUAAAUGUCAGUGCCCCCCCUCCCCAUCACUAUAACCCUAACUCUUUGCCACAGUUCAGUGAAGAUCAAGGAACUCUUAGUCCCCCUUUCACACAACCGGGGGGCAUGAGUCCAGGGAUUUGGCCGGCUCCCAGAGGGCCGCCUCCACCUCCAAGGAUGCAGGGGCCUCCUGCUCAGGCUCCUCUUGCUGGACCGCACCACCCCGAUCAAGCCAGAUACAGACCCUAUUACCAGUGAUCUGAGCAAUUGUAUGAAUAGAGAGCGCUAUGAAGAGGAUAAAACUAUAUACAGCAGCCUUUUAAUUAAUUGUAUGGGAGUUGUUUUGGUUUUUUUAAAAUACUGUCAUUUUGACUGUAAGACGUUUUGGGGUUUGAAUCUUUAAUGAUUUUUAAGCCUUGGCUGUAGGACUCUGACUUCAAAUAUUCUGUAGUGCUAAAAUAAGUGGCUUAGUAGACCACAGUUGCAUUUUAACUGAACUUCUGUCUAUAGUGUGGCUAAUUGUCCUAAGAUGAACACUUGUAAUAUCACUUUCUGGAGAAAAUGAACAUGUGUUGUACCAUUCUGAAUAUUGUUUUUGUUUAAAUCCAAUGUUUAGUUUUCACUUGUGAUACAUUUUUGUUAACCUGUGUACAAUAAUUAAAUUGAACUAUGGUUGUAAAA